AAUAAUACUGAUAAGCCACCAUUAUUUCCCUUUUCCUCAGGUAGAAAUCGAAUUUAUUAAUGAACGAUUUCAGUCAUGAAAUUGAUUUUGUUGUUCGUUUCGGUGUUGUUUACAGGAUUGUCUGUAGGGUGGAUUGAUGAUAGCAAUAAUUAUUAUCAUUAUGACAGUUCGAAUGUGCAUGAUUUUGUAAAUCAGUCAGCAGUUUAUCAAUUGCCAACUUUCAAAGCUGCUCCUGUGGAUUAUAAUUUGAAAAGUGAAAUAAUUGACAACAAUGCUGGGUUUGUUUUGAAAAGUGCAAGGAGCUAUGCACGGAGCAGGCUGGCCAACUUGACAGCCAACUUUACAAGCUAUAUCGGGCAAGUGUGCAAAAACAUCAAUACGACACGUCUGUUGACCACUGUACAAUUGCCCAAUGCCACUGCACAGAGUUUUCCGGCAACGGUAGAGCUUACCAAUGGUAAACUUGUGGAUGUGAAGUCGAUUGCUCCAUACAAUGAUUGUCCAGGUUUUUAUGGAAAUGAUUCUUACACCUUGGAAACAAGAAUGCUGGUUCAUGAGUGUAAGGUUACAUAUGAUUGCAAGCUAACCGUGUUAUGGUCAACCACUUUCAAAGUGGUCGCUCUGGUCAAUGAUUUGAAAGUGGAUAGCAAGUUUAUUUUGAAUUCGACCAGCUUUGAAAUAACUCUUGAUUAUAUUGAAAUUCCCAAAGGAACCAAAAUAAAAGUGAACAUCGUGAAUCAAGGUGCUAUCAGCUAUGUUUUCCAGCAGUUCUUCAAUUUUGUGUUCUAUUUUACUGAGUCAUUGAUUCUCAACAACGCCCAGGCUAGUGCGAAAACUUUCAUCCAACAAAAACUGAAGGAGUUGCCAAAGCUCAACAAUACAAAACCUGAAAUGGCACAGCUCAAAUGUUUCGGAUUAUGGCUUUUCAACAGCUAAACCAACUGUUGUUCAGUUUUAGCUAACAGUUGGUAAGAGUGUGAAACAAUACUGAAAGUAUAGUAUAAUACUGAAAGAAAAGUUUUAAUCGACAGUAUAUGCGUCGAUCAUAAUUUGAUCUAUGAUUAGUAUUGAUCAACAACUCGAGUUUAAUCCUCUAAUUGAAAAUAUCUCUCUUUCCAACCUAAAAUCUAAAGAUAGCCUACUUAUAUUUCAAUUAGUCAAAAAUACUCAAGUAUAGCAUUUAAUUAAAAAGUAAAAUCGAAAAAAUAUUAAAAUAUAAAACUCAAUACAUAAAAAUUUAUAUCAUAGGUAUAACAUUUAUAUCACAGUAUUGCAUGGCUGAAUUAAUAAUUAUUCAUCACAUUAUCCAUUUCGGAUUCAGUGAUAAACUUAUUGCAUGGUUUUCAAGAGAUCCUUUCUUUGUAUUUGUAUUAAAAUAUUGUCAUUGCAUGUUUCUUUUAACAAGA